AUGCCAACCAACUUCGCAAAGAUGGCUUUGGGCACCCUGUUGACUGGAGCAUGUGUCUUCGCCGGCAAACAACUCGUCAACCGCGCAGAAGCCGACUUCGUCAUGAGGAUGGGUGUGCUGGCGGCAUGGCCAACGCUGGCAGUGCACCCAAUGGAAAUGGCUCUCGAGGAAAUCGGCAACCAUGUUGAAGAUCUCACCGGGAGAACGAUGACGCCAUUGGAGCGCGAUAAUUUCUACUUCUGUUGCGCUAGUGCGUACCUCGUCGUGUUGUACAUCGCGUACUUCCUGCUCGAAGGCUCCGGUAUCAUCACCAUUGUCCUCGGCCUCAUCCUCUGUGUUUGUGGCUACCAGUAUGCGCAUACACAUGGCUUGGCGCGUAUAAGACCUGUUGCGCAAGCUCUCAAAGUCGACAACACUCCUGCGAGAGCUUCCGUGCCAGGCAACGAUGACAACCCUGCUGCGAAGCCGCCAAAAUUGGCUGUCGGUAGGGUCGCAGCGCUGGGCUCAGUCCUCUUGUCCGACGUCAAGGUGUUCAACCGCGGCAUCUACAACGCAGGAACAGCAAUUCGAAACGAUGUACCCGAUGCAGAGUGGCCGUCCGCUCGUGCGCUCCCCAAGAUCCGAGAUGAAGGUGACCGAGUUUGUGGCUGCUGUAAGCAGGGCUUCAAGAAGGAACAGCUGCUAGACAUACUACCCUGCGGUCAUCGCUUCCAUGCUCUCUGCACCAACCGCCACUUCGAGGAGGACAUGAGCUGUCCGCAGUGUGAACAAGAUCUUCACUGGGGGCUGAUCGUGGCAUGA